CCCCGACCGACGACAGCUCGCAGCCCAGACGGCUCGCAAGGCCACAAUGGCCUCAAAGCAGCCGAGCAACACGCUCAUUCAGGUCCCCGAGCGCUUCUCAAUCGUCGAGCCAGGCGUGUACCGAAGCGCGACGCCGACCGCAGCGCAGGUCUCCUUCCUCGGCUCACUUGGCCUGAGAACAAUCAUAUCCCUCACGGCCGAACACCCCAUCCCGGCCCUCAUCCACUUUACACGGACCAACCACGUCGACUUUAUCCACCUCGGGACCAACCUCUUCCAGCCGCUAAACGACUGGAAGCCCAUCGGCGACGAGAUCGUCAAAGCUGCGUUGGAGAUCAUCCUCGACGCGAGAUCACACCCUAUUCUAGUUAUUGAUCCAGUCGGUAUCCACCAGACGGGCAUCGUCCUCGGCUGCCUGCGCGUCAUGCAGGGCUGGAACUUUGCGUCGGCAUUGUCAGAGUACAGAGCACACUCGGGGCCGACAAAACACCGGUACUCGGACGAGACGUACAUCGAGUUGUUUGACCCAGACCUCAUCAACCUGCCUCCGAGCCACUGCCUCCCUAGUUGGUGGGCGCCGCCUGGACCUGGCGACGAAGCGGACGAUGACUGGCCCGAAGAGCUGGAGAAGCCAAAGGAGAAGGAAAAGAAGAAGAAGGAUAAGAAGGGUGAUGAUUGAGGGGACGGCGGUGGCAACUCCAGACCACCACCAGGCAUAGACUGUAUACUGCAUUUGGGACCGCCCAUCUAG